GACCGAGCAUGUACACAGUAUCUACAUAGUCCCUUGCCUACCCAUCCCGCCCUUCUCUCACCAAGUCUCCCCAUCCAGGCCAACGUCCGAAGGAUUGUCUGUAAUGCAGGUAAGCAGAGGGCGACAGGGACGCCCACAAUCCGAGGCAACGAGCCCGGGAGAAGCACUCGCUGCGGGAGCGCUGGGCGGAGCAUCAGACAGGUCGGCUAGUUCCAUCCGUGGACGCACCACCUGUUCCCUGGCCUGGACCGCAGAUGCACGCAUCACGGCGGCAGCGGGCGAACACCGUGCACACUCUGGCCUAGAGGGCGACCACUGUGGCGCCAUGUAUCGUCCCACCUCCAUGUUCGCCCGUCCCCUCGUUUCCCCAUCCAUGCGCCGCGCCCACCAACCUGUCGAGCAAGCCCGCCGCAUCCGGAACACGCUCGGGAGCGAGGACGUUGCACAGGAGCUCCGCGGCGCCGCAGAGGACGCGGCAAGGCGUCGCGUUGAGGGCCGCUGCGCCGUCGCGCCUAGAGCUCUCGCACGAUCCGCCUGAGGAGCAGCAAGGGUCGCUGCAGCCUCGCCGUUCUGCUUCAGAUGUUCCCUGCCGCGUCGCGCGAGCUCCAACACGUCACAGGCCGACAGCCACGUCGAAUUGUCCCGGACCCUCCCAGCCGUUCAGCCCACGCACACACCGCGCACAUCGAGGCUUUUGAGCCUAGUCGCCUCACCCGAAGUGCGCCUCGUCACGAGCACGCCACGGAUGGAGGCUCGGCGAACAACACGUCGGCGGGUUGGGACGGGAAGGGCUCCGCAGAGCGCCAGAAAACGCUGCGACGCAGCGCGAUGACGACCCUACGUUGUGCC